GCCAAUGACAAUGAUUCACUAAUAAAUUGUUAGUCGAGGCAGCUGACUAUCCAUAAUGUCCAGCCAACUAGCUCAUAGCUCAAAACGAGCUAACUCACGAAUUGAGCUCAACAAGCCACUGUGUCGAGCUGGCUCACGAGACUUAUAAGCCGAACAAGGCCUAUCUCAAACUCAGCUCGUUAGUAGACGAACCGAGUAUCGAACGAGUUUUUUCCGAUUCAAACAUCAAACUGCUCGUGAGCCGUUCAUUUGCAGCCCUACCCUUCAAUCGACGAUCACAAUUAUGUGUCAGAUUUUGACAUUGACCCACCCCAAACCCAAAACACAUAUAAUGCUAAAUCGAUCAUCUCUCUGGCGGAGCCAUGGCCACCACACCCUAAAAGAUAAGCAAGUUAUGGAGCAAGCAUUCAUCUUUUGUACUAAUAUGUUCAUUUUGACAGCUCAACUCUCUCUCCCUCCUCUGCUUCUCCUCCAGUACUGGUACCAUCGCCCCCUCAACAGCCCGAACCAGAAGCCCUUUUGGCGGAAUCCCACAGCCCCGCGAGAGAAGGCUAGAAAAAAGCUGAGUUUGUGAGUCAGGUCUUUCCAGUAAUCAUUAUACCAUGGAUAGUACUCGACUGCAUGGACACAACACAUCAAAAGUUGUGCAGCAAGAGACUACUAUGAAAGAAGACAUACCAGCAGCAGCAACAACAUCCCCUGCAUCACCACCUUCAGCAACUACAUCUCCUGCUCAUGAAUUCUCCUUCACAGUCUCCCUUCAUUCUUCCUCAUCAGCAGCAACUCUUCCUGAAACCAUCAACAACAACAGCAAUAAGUCCACCAAACCCACAACUCAAAAUCCAUCAUUUGCCAUUGAUUUGUCUCCAGCAGAUGACAUCUUUUUCCAUGGCCACUUGCUUCCUCUUCACCUCCUCUCUCACCUCCCUGUCUCUCCUCGCUCAUCCACCAAUUCCAUGGACAGCUUUACUCUCCCCAUCAAGGAAUUGCUAGACGACCAGAUAGCCAGCGGCAGAAGUAGCACAACAUCAAAUCCCAUCAGCAAGAAAGCGCAUAGCACAAGCAACAUCAGAACCAGGCCAAGCAAUCACCAUCAUGAGAGCAUCGACACCAGUGAAGCGAAAACGAGAGCAAAGUCCAAGUCUUUCUCCUUGUUCGGGUGGAGAAAGAGGUGUGAAGCUAGAGAAAGGGAAGAAGAGAAGGAGAAGCAACAGAAGAAAAGGCUCAAGUUCGAUGUCAGUCAUAUACUGAAGAGGUAUGUACGGAUGGUAAGGCAAACUUUCAGAGGGAGCAAGGAGAAUCAUCUCCAUUUUCAAAGGCAACCUCGUACAUAUUCAGGGCAUUUGAGCGUGAGAAACAACAACAAGCAUGAGUUGAGAGGAAGGAGGGGUGAAUUGUUCUCUGCACCUGCAUCAAUGAGGACUUCUCCAUCUAACAGUGGGGUUCUCUGCACCAUUCCUCCUCCUACAAACGACGGCACUAUGGAGGAGCUGCAGGCUGCAAUUCAAGCUGCAAUUGCUCAUUGCAAGAAUUCCAUAUCCACAGAAGAGAAGAUGGUCAAAUGUUGAGUGAUGGGAAUUGAACAAUUUCCAGUAGAAGUUCCUCUCUCCAAAGCUUUCCCCUAUUGGUUGUUAUACCUGUGUAUAAACUGGUGUAUAUAGUUUAUAAUAUAGAACAAGAUUUCUCAGUUACUUCUCAGAGUUAAAGCUGGUUUCUCUAGAAGGAUUGAUUGCCACUUUCAAGGAUGAAUACCCUUUUUACUUUUCUUGUUUCCACAUUGGCAGCAAAGGGCACGAUAAUCAGCUUCAUGUACAAUUCAAGCUGAAUGUUCUUCGUAGGAUGCCUUUAUGGGACGCAUCUAAGUCUUCCAGUCAAAGAGGGGAAAACCCAGGAAUUUCAUGAUAUGGAACUGUCCGUACUACAAACUAGAGAUAUGAUCUCAAGUUGAAACUAAAGGCAAUAAAGUUCAGCAGCUAGACUAAACAUAUCAGAAUGAAUGAAGCUGAAUUAAGAGUCCAAGACAAAGGCUGGAACCAUUGAUUGAUUAUUGUCUUAUGCUAUAUCCUUGGCUGGCUCUAAUCCAGCCAGCAAGACUGUGUGCCAUGCCUGCUGUACAAAUGACCUGCACCUAGCCAGCCAUCCCUAACAUCUAGGGCCGAAGUUUUCAAUCUAGGAUCACAGUCUUGAAUAUCAAUUUAUUAUAAAGAAGCAAAGUAGGUACAUUGAGCUUUGUUAGAAGUACUGGGAUACCUUCCAAGUAGGUGAAUGUGCUGGUAUAAAUCACCAUAUUGUUGCUAUAAUCAGAUGAAAAGAAUGAUAUUAAGAAGCAUAAAAGUCAUCAGUUCAACAGGAAACGAAAAGGGUCGACAAGAAGAAAAGGAAAAUCAACUUUGGUAGGUGCCAUGAGAAGCAAUAAAACUGGCAUGAUUGGGCAUGAAAAAGGCAGAGGGACUCCUGAAUUGAUUGCUUCAUAAUUUAAAGUUUCACAGGAAGAACCAACUGGUACCCAAGUACCCACAAUCAUUCCACAGUCCAUAGCAAUAAUGAAUGUCUUACGAUUGACAUCUUAACCACAAGUUUGCCAGACAAAAUUAUAUGGCGUUUACAAUAAUAAAAUAACAGAACUCUGUCCUUCAUUCCCAGAUGACAAGCCUUUUGUUUUGUAACUUUGCAGGAAAAUCAGAAGAAGAUUUGUAAUGUCCAAUUAGCGUUUGGGGGCAGGGUGAUUAUAAUUUGUAUGCAUCAUAGAUGAUGAAGCACAAAAUGAAUAUUGAUACGUUGA